GUUUAUGGCACCAACCUGGAGGGGGAGAGGGCGAUCAUUUUCCUUCGUUUUGAAACUUCUCUACAGUUUGACUAACUACUAAUGCAACAAACUCCUCAGUCACUAGAGCAAAUAGACUAUUUCUGCUAAUUACGAAGCUUGGUCGGCUAGUCUCAAUAUGGAUCUUCAAUAUCGGGCAGGCAUGCGGGCGCAUGAACAAUAAGCCGCCCCCCGGAGCUAUCAUUCCUCAGACACUGUUACGUACCACACUCAAGGCAGCAAAUACAUCAUCUGCCCCAACAUCCAAGCUUCAACUGUGACUACAUGGCCAAGCAACACACGGCUCCUACGAAAGCUUGAAAGCGUGGUCAUCGACGGGAUCCAAGUAUCCUCGACACAUUUGCAUACUCCGUCUCUUGUUACGUAUUGUCAGCGACAUCUAUAGUUCACCAAAAUACUUUUGGAAAACUGGCCGUCAUGUGUUAGGACAAUUCAGCCAUUGCCCUUUCUCAUAUCAGACCCGCCGAACUACAAAGUUCAAGUAGAAAUGGAAGAAUACGUCGGGAUCACGGCGGAUGGCGGUACUGGCCAGAAGCUCACCUAUGCCACAACCGUGGUCGCGGGCGUCGCUUCUGUGGUUGCGACAAUACUCUCUGUUAUCUCGAUAAUGUUGCAGGCUAAAAACUACCGUAAACCCCUACUACAAAGAUACGUCGUUAGAAUCCUUCUCAUGGUUCCUAUAUACUCGAUAGCAUCAUGGACAAGCAUGGUCUCGUUGAAAGCCGCUGCGUUUCUUGAUCCGGUCCGCGAUAUCUACGAAGCCUUCACGAUAUAUACUUUCUUCCAGCUCCUCAUCAAUUACCUUGGUGGUGAGCGGUCUCUCAUCAUUAUGACACAUGGUCGAGCUCCAGUACACCACCUCUGGCCCCUCAACCACGUUCUUCCCAAGGUCGACAUCUCGGAUCCCCACACGUUUUUGUCCAUCAAGCGCGGCAUUCUCCAGUAUGCCUGGCUCAAGCCUAUUCUUGCUCUAUCUGCUAUCAUCAUGAAAGCGACUGGUACAUAUCAAGAGGGCUAUAUUGGUCUGAGCUCGGGAUACCUUUGGAGUGGCAUCAUUUACAACAUCAGUGUCACCGUCAGUUUAUAUGCUCUUGGUCUCUUCUGGGUCUGCAUGAAUCAUGACUUGAAGCCGUUCAGGCCUGUGCCCAAGUUCCUAUGUAUUAAGCUCAUCAUCUUUGCUUCUUACUGGCAGGGCUUUUUUCUGUCAAUUCUGGUUUUCUUGGGUGCAAUCCCUGAUAAUGUUGAGGGUUACACCUCCGACAACUUGGCAGCGGCUAUCCAGGACGCUCUUAUUUGCGUGGAAAUGCCUAUCUUUGCUGUUGCCCAUUGGUACGCUUUCUCAUGGCACGACUUUGCUGAUAACAGCAUUCUAUCCGCGCGCAUGCCCUUGCGCCAUGCUUUCAAAGAUGCUUUUGGAGUGAGAGAUCUUAUCGAAGAUUCGAAGUUGACUUUCCGAGGAGAUACGUACGGCUACAGAAUCUUUGAUUCUGGUGACAAGGUCAUGGCUCAUGAAGACUCCAAGUCUCGUCUUGCAAGACUCAAGGAAGGUAUGCGAUACGAGCGUGGUGGAAAGGGGAAAUACUGGCUUCCAAAGCCUGGGGAGGUAAAUUCAACAACGCCUCUUCUCCGCGGGAAUGGGGAAUCAAGCGACAACAGACCCGAUCAGAUCAACGAAAACAUACACGGCACCUUCGAGGAACCCGAGAUAGAUGCUGAUGAGGAUCGACUGUACGAGCAAGCACGCCAAUUGGAGUAUGGCGAUUGGAAUUACCCAGUCAUUACCGCCAGUGAACCGCUGAGGGAACGAUACCGUUCUCCUGGCAGCUUUGGUACGAGGUCUUCAGCUUAUGCCAGCCCGUCCGUGAGGUCGCCGGCAACAGAGUAUCCUCCCGCAACAAACAAAGGGAAGCAAAGGAGUAGAGGACAUGGACGUGAUUCCCAGCCCCAGCUGGAGCCUCAACCUGAAGCUGUUGUCCCGAUUAAGAAGAAAAAGAAACCAAGGAAAGUUGUCAAGCAUGCCGAACCAGACCCAGGCGAACUGGGCCUGAACAAGGGGCCUCCCGCUCCUGCAGAAACCGCUCAAGUUGGUGGGCACGAUGGACACGAGAGUCCCAAAAAUGAAGAAUCUAGAGCCUGGAGCGACGAUCGAAAUCAGCAAGAAACCCACGCAGCAUCCAAUUACCAAUCCGAUUAUGGAAUAGACCAGGACGAAUUCCGCAAUGUUUGGGGAAGGGAUGAAGAAUCUAGAUAAAGGGCUGCUUUUUAUAUCAAAUACCCCUUAUGUCCGCUUGGGUUAUAUGAAACUUGAGGGCAUAGCAUGGAGUUAUGGCUGUCAGUGUACGUUACAUUCAUACCUGCUCUAUUCGUAGCACGGCAUUGCAUCUUAACUGGUCCUGGCGAAACAUGAAACGUUGUUUGAAUAGCACACUUUGCUUUUUGACACCUUGAUUUAUAGUUCUGCGUAACCUUACACCUCACCCCGCUUUCAAUCGUUAGCCAUAACUCAAGCCCACGUCAAACUGAAUACCUCAGCUCCAUGUCGCGAGAUACCAACUUCAGUCUUGCUGUCCGCACUCUUGAUGCUAGUGGGGAUCUUGUCACCCUUGCGCUCUAGGAUAAUCUUCUUACCAGAGGUAUCGGGUAACUUAUAGAAGCGACGUCCGUUACGACUGAGGAAGUUCUCGAGUAUCUCUUGUGUCACAUCAGCUUCCGAGAUGACGCCACGCUCGAUAGCUUCCUCGAGACCAAGGAGGACAAGUUGCACGACGUAGGGCUGAGUGAAAACGCCAGCAGGCGCCUUACCCUGCUCAGCAGAGGUCUUGGACUGCAGGGGGUGGGGAGCGCUGUCGCUACCGCUAUCGGAGAAUUAGUACCAAAACAAGAACUCAGCUUCAACUUGAGCCCGAGACUUACAAAAAGAACUUGGAGUUGCCACUGACAAUAGCCUUGAUCAGGGCAUCUCUGUCGGUUGGUUUCUUAGGAAUGGGUUUGCAGAAGGCGAAAGGAUCGCAACAGGCCUCGUGAGAAGUGAGGUAGAGGUGAUGAGCGGUGAUGGUAGCUAUGAAACUGGUCAGGGUUGAGCAUCAUCAGCGUCAGUUACUUGACACCAUACCGCCUACAGUUGGGCCACAGGCCUUGACAGCCUCCACAGCAGCGGAGGUAGUGCAGUGCUCAAGCUAAAACAGGUGUUAACAAUCACUAUCCUGAUCGUGAGGAGGGCGGACAUACCACGAUGCGUAGCUGAGGGAAUCGGUCAUGGAGCUGCUUUAGGGUUGGGAGGAAAGCCUCCUCGAGGGUUGUGUCGGCCGGCGCAAGAGACUCGAGGACUUCUCCGUGUAUGUUCAGGACUAGCACAGAACAACGGUCAGUUUGGCCUGGGAUAGGAUUUUCUAGGGUUCUUACCAAUUCCAUGCUUUUCCAUUGCGGCAAAGGUAUCAUAGAAGGCUGUGAUAUCCGAAACACCACUCUCAGAGUUGGUGGUUACACCUGCGCGGACGGUGUAAGUGAUUACAGUUAUAGAGCUGGGCAGGAUUACGCACCCUGAGGGUACAACUUGACACCGGUUACACCAGCCUCGGCAGCUUUGGCUAUCACUUCAGGAGUGACUGAAGGGUGAAGCUCAUACGAGUUAGGGACUGGUAGUAUAGGGUGGGUUGAAACUCACAUAGAGUGACAUGAGGAAGUUGACAUCUUGGGAGAUGGCAGUGAGCUUGGCCUUGUACUCGAGAACCUACAGGUAUAACAGUCAGGCUUGAUCUUGCAGAAGUCUACUAAGGCCGUUUUAUGAAUACGUACCUGCUCGACGGCAGUAAGAGGAGGCAACUAUGCGUGGCAUGGGUCAGCUGUCAUGUAUACAAACCAUUGGACAAUUAUGAGUUUUUAACAGUAUCACUACAAGACACGACAUACGAGAUUAGGCAUA